UGGCGUGUCCGGCUGAGCGGCACUCCCGAAUCCCAUCCCGACGCUCAUACGCAGCAGCCAGGGAGACGAGAAGAAGAAACCCUAGAGAAACCCCGAGGCAGCCACCAGAUCAGUAUGGCCUCCGCCGCUGGAAAGCCCAACACCAACGCCGGCGGCGACACCAAGGGGAGGAAGCGCAAGUUCCUCCCCCACGGCAAGCCGGUGAGGAAGGGCGCGUACCCGCUGCGCCCCGGCGUGCAGGGCUUCUUCAUCACCUGCGACGGCGGCCGCGAGCAACAGGCCACCCGCGAGGCAAUCUCCCUGCUGGACACCUUUUACGAAGACCUGGUCGACGGCAAAGGGUUUGCUGACAAGUCCAAGAUCAUACCUGACAAACCGUUGAACAAAAAGAUAAAGUUUGACGAUUCUGAUUCCUCUGAUGACGAGGAUGCAGAUCAUUCAGUGAAGGAGACCAACAAUGGAAAUGAUGCAGAAAAAGGUGAAGCCAAGUCAUCUGAGAAGCAACAAGAGGUACUUGGUAACUCAGAAAUUACCAGCAAGGACGAUGAAGAACAGGUGAAAAAUGCUGAUGGAUCAGCACCAAAGAAGCAACGUGUAGAAGAUGCCCCGGUUGAGCCCGCUGAUAAACCAACUGAGGCCAUUGAAGAACCAAAAGAGUCCAUUGAUAAACCAGCAGAGACUAGUGACAUACCAAAAGAGUCCACUGAGAAAUCAGCAGAGACCAGUGAUAAACCAAAAGAGUCCACUGAUAAACCAAAAGAGUCCAUUGGGUUACCAAAAGCGUCCAAGGACAUACCUAUUGAUGAUUUAAUUGAUCAGGACCUGAAACAACUGGGGGACAGGAAAAAGAGGCUUUUUGCAAGCGUCGAUUCAGGUUGCAAUGGUUGCAUCUUCAUUCAAAUGCACAAAAGAGACGGAGACCCUGGUCCAGUUGAGAUUGUACAAAACUUGAUGUCUUCGGCUGCCUCAACUCGUAAACAUAUGUCCAGGUUUCUUUUGAGGGUUUGCCCUGCUGAGGUGGUAUGUUAUGCUUCAGAAGAGGAAAUAACAAGAGCCAUUAGUCCACUUGUUGAAAAGUACUUCCCCAAAGAAUCUCCUUCAGGGCAUAAGUUUGCUGUGCUAUACGAAGCAAGGUCAAACACGGGAAUCGAUAGAAUGAAAGUUAUAAAUGCAGUAGCAAAAUCUAUACCUCAAGCUCACAAAGUUGACCUCAGCAACCCUGACAAGACUAUUAUUGUCCAGAUUGCCAAGACUAUAUGCAUGAUUGGUGUGGUGGAGAGAUACAAAGAGCUUGCCAAGUUCAACCUAAGGCAGCUGACAUCGCCACCAGAGAAGUAACUGCUGGGAGAGGAAUUGUUUCGUCUUGCUGGAGAGUGAAAAUCACUGUUAAAUGAUUCAGGUCUACCGUCGCAUUAAAACCUCGCAUCCUGAGUUGUUUAUUUUCCGCACAUUGCUACAACAAUCGGUCGAAUAAAUUCCAUCAUGGCUCGAUCGGCUCUGUUAUGUAGGCAUGCCUGCAUGUUCGUUUUUGUUGAUUAUAGAGGGUCAAGGUGUUUUGGUAUCAGCUGGCCUUGAAAUCAGAAUAUGUGAAGUUGUCGAGAUAAUGCUUUUUUUUUGUAUGCUGAAGAUUUUUAUUAUUC